UCCGCCUUCCCGAAGAAUGCACCUGCAGGACUGUUUUACAAUAAGUCUCCCGGACUGAAAACAGCACCUUAGGAGGGCACCUUCUUCCGCCAAGAUGAACUCAUCCAAUCAACCCAACAUCCCAGACCUUAACUUGAGUGCUCUUGGGAGCAACCUAACUGUGCCCACCGUCAAGACUAAGGCAUCAACGUGUGAGCAAGUGGUCAUAGCAACGGAGGUGUUUCUCAUACUUGGCAUUGUAAGCCUUCUUGAAAACAUCCUAGUUAUCUGUGCCAUAGUUAAGAACAAGAACUUGCACUCUCCUAUGUAUUUCUUUGUGUGCAGCUUAGCUGUUGCUGACAUGCUGGUCAGCGUGUCAAAUGCCUGGGAGACCAUAACCAUAUAUUUAUUAAACAAUAGGCAUCUAAUUAUUGAAGAUGUUUUUGUACGCCACAUAGACAAUGUUUUUGAUUCCCUGAUAUGUAUAUCUGUUGUGGCUUCCAUGUGCAGUUUGCUAGCUAUUGCAGUAGACCGGUAUAUCACUAUCUUUUAUGCCCUCCGUUAUCACAACAUAAUGACGGUGAAAAGAUCAGGGCUCAUAAUUGCAUGCAUUUGGACCUUUUGUACUGGCUGUGGGAUCAUCUUCAUCCUUUAUUAUGAAUCGAAGUACGUCGUCAUGUGUCUCAUCACAAUGUUCUUCACUAUGUUGUUCCUCAUGGUCUCGCUGUACAUACAUAUGUUCCUUCUGGCUCGUACUCAUGUCAAGAGGAUAGCAGCCUUGCCAGGAUACAAUUCCGUUCACCAGAGGACCAGCAUGAAAGGUGCCAUCACCCUGACUAUGCUGCUGGGCAUCUUCAUUGUCUGCUGGGCUCCAUUUUUCCUCCAUCUCAUCCUGAUGAUAUCCUGCCCUCAGAAUCUCUACUGCAUUUGCUUCAUGUCACACUUCAACAUGUACCUCAUCCUCAUCAUGUGCAAUUCAGUUAUUGAUCCCUUGAUCUAUGCCUUCCGAAGCCAGGAAAUGAGAAAGACUUUCAAGGAGAUCAUCUGCUGCUACAGCAUAAGAAUGGUCUGCGGACUGCCCAGCAAGUAUUAGGGGAAAUGUGAAUUUGGGUUAAAAGAACAAAACGUCUUAAGAGGUUCUCUAGAUGUUGUUGGAUUUGAACCUGCCAUCAAAAUGGUUAAUGGGAUGAUGGAAACUGUCGUCCAACAACAUUUGGAUGGUCACAUGUUCCCCACCCCUCUUCUACACAUUUUAUUGUUCUAUAUGGAAUGCUAUGUCCGGCUUGUGAUAGUGAUCAUUUCAGUGUGGGAACCUGAAAUUUCUCUCGCUGAAAUUACUCAUUUUAGACAGUUUUCCAUGGGCUCCCAUAAACAUGAGUGGCAUCUCUUUUACUAUAUGAAAGCACUUAGGGUAGAGGAGAUAACCCAACACUGACACUGACACACACAGAGACUAAAUAAUUGUGCAAGUGGAACUACUUCUACCCCAUUCUCCUUACCCUUUAAUUUUUUCCGGAGGGUUUCC